AUGACCUCUCGACCCAUCCUGGGCCAGCGACAGCCGCCCCAGCGCUCGUUGAGUACCACGAACACCAUCCCCCGACCACCACCGCACCGCACGCUCUCGCAACAAUUCCCGUCUUCUUCCCCGACGAGAAGGGGCACCGAUGGCUUCGUGGACUUGACGUUCGAUGGGACGGAUGCCGCACAGGGACGUUAUGGGACAAUACCGAGAAUGGGGGGUUCGCGCCUCAAAUUGGAGAUAUCAGACACGAACAAUCGGGAAUUUAUAGAGUCUCCUAAGACGGCGUCUGCGGUGACGCCGACCUGGCGACCAAAUGUUACUCCUCACGCUCGUUCGCAGCUUCAUUUCGAGAUUCCGAACGUCAGCAACCUGAACCUCAGCCCUCGCGCGGCGCAAGAGGGAGGUCAUGGAGAAUCUGCGACGAAACCUAUGCCUUUGCCGGUUAGACCUGGACAGUAUGCUCCUUCGAGUUCUAGAAAGGUGCGGCCGGUUGCUGCAAGCACAGCUAAGAAGGAUGUCCGACCGAAGCCGUAUACUCUGGAGGUACCAGCGGCAGCACCGCGCGUUCCAAAUAAUGGCCAUGUCGAUUUCUUUCCCUGGACUGGAAACCACCCGGAGGACCAAUUUUCGGCGGAGAUAAUCCGUGGAGGAUAUUAUGAGAAGAAUCCAAUGACACAUAAUGAGGCUGCUUCUGCGAGGGCCGCCCUCUUCCCUGCAUUAAAACAUAAGACCGGGCUGCAAACAUUAUCUUCGAUAUUCACCAGCAUUCUGGCAGCGAGGCGAGCACACGGCCAGAUCACCACGACAUCGACAUUUAAGCCUCCGCCUCGUGUAACAGUCACCGAUACGAAGAGGGAAAUGUGGUUAAAGGAUUUGGCCAACCCCACCAUAUCUUUGCGCCGAUUGAGUCGAUCGAUUCCACAUGGAAUUCGUGGAAAAGUGCUAUUGGAUCAAUCAUUGACCAAAAACAUACCUAUUGAAAGAGCCGUUUGGCUGGCCAAGUGUGUUGGAGCAAACGAAUUGCGAGGAUUUAGAAGGAAAGGUGUCAGCGGCACUUUUGCUAUGGGAGGUGAAGCGAAAUGGAUUCGCGAUUUUACAGUUUGCGUAGAGCAGUUUGUGGAGAGUGUUAUUGGAGGCUGCGGCGAGCCUGAGUUUCGAGAACGAGUUAAUUAUGCGAUACGUCUCGCAGCACAUUUCCACGCGGAGCAUCUCCUGGAUAGAGAGCAUUAUAUGGAAUGGCUUGUAUCAUCUUUGGAAAACUCACCUCAAGCCAAGCUACCACUUUGGAUCUUAAUCACUCAAAUCUACUGGAAAGAUUUGAUGCAAUACCGGAAAUACGGAAGGAGGCUGGCAACAGCGUUAAUGAAGCAUUUUACCGAGGCUGCGGGCAACCCUGAUCAGGAUAUCGUAGCUCCUUUGACUGAGCGGUUGCGCCAGUUAUUGAAGUCGCUGAUGAAAUCUUAUCCUGACAGCUUCAUUUCGCCAUCGGCAUGGGCGAAGCACCGAGAAGUCAUUCAGUCGGACUUCUCUUCAGAUGUCAACUACCCUAGAACUUCGUUUGAGAAUAUCGACCGAAGAAAUAGGCGUUUAAGCUUGCCCGGCAAAGAUAAAGAAUCAACACCCCAACAACGCAUUAUUCAACUACUCGACCAAACCUUGUCCGGUCUUCCGUCAGAUGAUUUACCUAAGCGCUGUUGGAAAAUUGACCAAGACAAGUUAUUGCUUAUUCGAGCGGUCAUCGCGUGGUCCACAUCUUCGCAUCGACCAGGUUGUACGAAAACCUACGUGGCAGCGAGGAUUUGCAGAUUCUGGGCUAAAAAUGGAUUCGACCUAACUAGCGCAAUUCUUGACUUUGCCGACUCGGAACAGUGUAGUACUGGUCGUGAUAAGCCUGCCUUUUAUCAUCUGAUAUCUGAACUGGCACGAUCGGAACACUUUUCCACUGCCAAAUAUAUCCAAUGGUUGAUCUCAAGAGGUGGUUUACAAAACGUCACAGAUGUUGCACCCGAUGGACCUUGUGCAACACGACUACUUGCGGAGCUUCCCACGCACAACUUGAGCGAGGGUAUCCUAAACCUUCAUUCGACACUGCUUGACCGAGUUGAAAUUUCGGUUGAUGAGGAGGAGGAUAAUAUGCGGAAUUGUAUGGCGUUUAUGAAUAAUAAUCUUCCGGCCAUGAGGUCGGCCCAGGACUCUGACAUGGAUCUGGAUGAGGCUGUGGUUGUGGGCGAUCCAGUCACUUUGAUAUCGAAACUGAGCAGGUCGAGUAAAUCCGAGAUUGGACUAUGGCUCAGACAUAAAGUCAUGCUUCACAUGCGACAAACGGCGAAGAUACAACCUGAAGCGUGGGAAGCGGGACCAGCGAAAAGGGUGGAACAACCUACGAUUACAGCAGCGGAUUUCGACAAAGUACGGUACUAUCUUGAGCUGAUUGAAGACUAUUCCAUGCUAGCAGAUGUAUUGAAGAUCACUGUAAGCUCUAACGAUCCCGAGGUGUUGGCGUCAUGCGCCGAUACGAUUAAUCUACACAUCGAUACCCUCGCGGCGAUUGGUGCCGUCCAAAGCUUAUUCGAGAUACUUUCGACUCGGCUACGGAUACUCGCGAAUGGCCACGACUCUCUUCCUAGGACACUUCUGGCGUCGCUCGCAGAUCUUGCUUCUAGAAUACCCAGUCAACGAGUGGCUGCUCAGCAAUGGGCGCAAGAACUUGCUCUUUAUGAUAGACGGACAGCAGCUGAUGCUUGCUCCCCAGUUUCAGACCAUAUCGCUAUCACCCAGACUUCGGAGGUGGACUUUUUCGAGGAAAUGGAGAAGAUCUUGGCAAGUGGCAAUAGUAUGGAUCAACCAACCUUAGGUCGUCUGUUUGAGAGAAUAUCCCAUCACCUGGAAUCCACCUGGGAGAAGUCGCCUCGCGAGCAGAAAAAUUGUGGCUUGUUGUUAACUAGACUUCGGCCUUUUGAUGCUGAACAUUUCGACACGCUGAUUGCGGCUUGGCUCAAGAAAUUUCUAGCAUUGCCCGGGCGACCAAGCAUGAUGAUGGCUCUCGGCCCUCUAGUCAGCUUUGGCUGCCUCUCCCUGACCGACAUUUCGAAAAUGUGCAAGACUGUGGAUAUACCCGGAAAUGCGUUAUCUAACUCCAGGAUUUCGCAAGAAUUAGUACAACUACUCCUCAGUACACCCACGAGCACGAUUCAAGCUAUGGGCGCCGAAGACUCUUAUAGACUGCGGGUCAGACAAGCAAACACAUACAAAGAUUCUCCCGAGCAAGUGGUAUCUAGCAUCCAAUACGGAGUCGAGCAAGCGCGCUCGCAGAAAGCCACGCCUGGAUCCCCUAUCUUGCCAGAUGUAUUUGCUAUCAUCCGCGAUCACAAUUCCUUUGAAGUCCUACAAAGAUUCGCCCUUCUUCAGCCAGAUAUGGUCAUCCAGUCACUCGUGACACCCCUUCUGAAGACGGAGAAUUCGGCUGCUGCGCGAGUAAUUACAUCUAUUGUCAAUCAACUUCUCUUCGGAAAUGGUGACAGCAACGGCGAUGAUUCUACUGAGGCUAUACUAAAGGUUGCCAAUGAUCUGACGUUACCAUUCUGUCAGAUAAAACUCGAGUCGAUGUUCAGUGGGGAAGAUAGCACAAUGGCGGGCGUCGACGAUGCCAAAACCAGUCGACUACAAGCUUUUGAUAGUGCUAUCGAAGCAGCUGUGAACUCAGGAAAGACUGCUUGGGCGAGCAUUGUUCCAUUAUUGGAAGUUUCAGUCGCUCAACACCUUCGAAGGCGAUCCGAACUUCAAUUCCUGGCUUUGAUUCCAUCUCCGAAAACAAUCAGCACUUACGAACCGUCAAAACUAAAUGCUCGGCUGGAGCAUGCAAACAACUUACUUCGUAUAGUAGACUCCACAGCAUACAGCGUAGCGGAGACGGAGAACAAGACAUCGAAUAACACGAGUAUCGCGCAGGACAUUUUAAUCGUGCUUAAUGGCGUUCGAGUUUUAAUUUCCACCACCCAAAACAUACCGGCGAAGGAUGAUGUGAUCCGAAAAUGGUUACCACUGCUGUUGAGAUUCAUCACCCUCCAUACCUCCGAGUUCGAAUCCACAAAGCCUGGCCACGAGAACCGCGCUAAAGUGAUCCUCUCACUCUCCGCCAUCCUGCUCGAACUUCAAGCCUUGGAUACGAACACCUCUCCGGCACACGAUCUUUCAGAACAAAUUAACGACCUCGCCAUCUACCUCGUUGACGGGCUUCCAGAGGAUUUUCGACAACAAGCUGUUCGCAGUCUCUACGAAACCAUGCAUAACGCUCAAAUGUAUUACCUAUUUAGUUUCCAACCGAGCCCAUCUGACGGGCUGGUCCUAUCCCAAAAAGACACUCCACCGACAACGGCGCCUGGUGAAAACAAUACCGAUCCUCGUCCAUUCAUGGGUGCUAAUAGGGAUAAAUUAACUCCAUUUGUAUUAAGGAGAUGGGAGAUGCUGGAAGAACCUACGCCUAACGUUGGAGAGAAUGAUACUAGUCUUAAUCUUACGCUGUUUGGAGCGAGAAGAGGAUGA